AACAUUCAAUAUAGAUCAUUGACCAGGCAUUGCUAAUGGAACGCGAUGGCAGCCGAAGAAUUUAUGUUGAAACAGUCGACGUUUUGACCGUCUGAAAGAUGGCAGAAAGCUUUUUGAUGGAGGUGUGUGUGGACUCGGUUGAAUCAGCCAUCAAUGCAGAGAGAGGAGGUGCCAGUCGCCUUGAACUUUGCUCCAGUCUUCUAGAAGGGGGGAUCACGCCUAGCAUAGGCCUGCUGCAGGUGGUGAAGCAGAACGUGAGAAUCCCCGUGUUCGUCAUGAUCCGGCCCCGCGGGGGGGACUUCCUGUACUCGGACCGCGAGGUGGAGGUGAUGAGGAGGGACAUAGAGCUGGUGAAGAGCCACGGAGCAGACGGCCUGGUUCUGGGAGCGCUGACUGAGGACGGCAGGGUGGACACGGGGCUCUGCAUGGAGCUGCUGGCUGCUGUUCGGCCCCUGCCCGUCACUUUUCACAGAGCGUUUGACAUGGUUCACGAUCCUGUGGUUGCCUUGGAGACCCUGAUAUCACUAGGGUUUGAGCGCGUGCUAACGAGUGGCUGUGACAGCUCCGCUCUGGAAGGAGUGUCUCUUAUUAAACGGCUGGUGGAACAGGCUAAAGACAGAAUAGUGAUAAUGCCAGGAGGUGGUAUCACUGAACGGAACCUUCAAAGGAUUCUAGAAGGUUCUGGAGCUCAGGAGUUCCACUGCUCAGCCCGCUCCAGUCAAGACUCAGCAAUGAAGUUCCGGAACUCCUGCGUUAAUAUGGGAGCCUCUCUUGCAGCACCUGAGUAUGGCCUGAAGGUGGCAGAUGUGAGCAAAGUCCGCAAUCUCAAUGCCAUUGCCAAGAAUACAUUGUAGGGAGUGAAGUAGCCAAUCAUGUCCAGCCAAUCAUUGACUUCUGAAUUAAGUCUGUUAGCCCUCCAGGACAGAAAGUCCAUCAAAUGAAAACACGCUCACAAAUCACUUAUUUUUGUAUGUUUAGAGGCUUAGACAUGAGAAUGCCUUGACACGUUGCAAAAAAUGACUGCACUAUAAACAACAACAAAAGAAAGUUUUGCGUACUGUCAUCGUGAGUGUAACUUCGAUUCCAUGGGGCAACUUUAUUGUUUUCAGGGUUUAAAAAACAACUGAAUGCGGUAUCAUACUCAACCCUAACCCACAUAUUUUGAAGCCAGGAAACUGCCUCAGAAGAAUAUGUAUGUGUGUAUGUGUGUAUGUCUUAAAUGCUCAAGUAUACAGAUUACAAUGACAUUGGUAGGAAUAAUUACAUUUGCAUAGUUUUGGUGUGUGGGUUUAGCAUUCAGAUACCCAUCAUGGUGCCAGAUGUUUAUUUCCUGUUUCCUUUCCCUGACAACUCUAGGAAGGCUGGCAUUUCCUAAAUGUGGUAUCAAUGUAUUUCAAUAAAAAUUCGAGUUUUGA